UGUUAACCAUGCAGCACUAGCAGAUGAGUCUUUGACUAUGAAUGAAGUCACCUGCACCGCCUUGCUCUCUGUCAAGAGACAUCCCUUUCUCUUUCUUUGUCUCUUGUCUCCCUCUGCUUGGCGUCAAUUUUUAUUGUCUCGCACAAAGUCAUUAUCUCACUUCUAUCUAUUCGUGAGGGCUGGUCCUCCGCAUUUUGUUCUCUUCUGUUCCCCUCGAGAUCACGAACUACUUUGCUUUCCAAGGCACAGUCAACCGCGACGCACUACUAUCAAUCCAAAAUGGUCGCCCCAGAUCACCACCGACCUUCGUUCGACAUCACAUCCAUCGAGCUGCAACACUCGCCAAGCCCACCUUCCCCAGCACCAUCAUACCGCUCAACAAUCCACACUGGGAAAGACUACUCUUCUUUCUCUACCAGCCCCUCAACAUUCACCUGGGAAGACCGAAAACCGUACAAACUGUCCACAAAGUCGGGUCACCACAACAUUCUCCACGACGAGAAGACCGGCCAUACGACCCACGACACUGAAAACGGCCACAGCGACUUCGAACUCAAAGAAGAACCCCACGACACCAACCACCCUCACUACGCCCCACCCUCCUCACCAACCCACUACGAGCCACCUCAGAAACCACCCCCACGCCGGCGCCGCUUCCCUCGCCUCCACCCCCUGCUCCCCUGGGUUCUAGCCCUCAUCUUCUUCCUCAUAACCCUCUGGUUCGCCAGCAUCGCCCUCGGCGCGCGCUUCCUCAACGUCCUGCACCCGCCCACCUCGCCUCAACUCCCGCCCUCCAUAAACGUCGUCAUUAACGAGAAUGGCAACCAGCCAGGAGGGACACCAGUAGUGUCGAUUGGGACGCAGAUUUCCCCUGCAACGUCGGCCCCAAAGAGCAGCGCGACAGAGACGGGCACCGGGAACGAUCGGCAGGAUGUGGGACGCCCGAUAGCGGACUUGGACACGAGCCGGACGCCCACGCCGUCGACACUCAUUGCGGUCACGACGAGCAGGGCCUAGGAUGGGUGGCUUGGCAGAAGAUACCAUCGCAAUCUACAGUGAAGAGUCCGGGUAGAGGGGAAAAGUAUGGUAAGGCUUUGGGUCGAAUAAUCCUUUUUGCGGCGGCUUUUUUUUACAUGUCACAUAUGCCUUCCCCACUGCAAAUAGCUUCCAUCUGAUGUGAAUGAAAACCCGCGCUCCAGCCAUGGAAUUUCCUCCAUACCUUUA